AUGCUGCAGACGCUGACCGGUCUAAAUUUCAAAGAUGAAGACCGAAGACUUAGUGUUGACUGUAUUGUGUCCAAAUGUGGCACAGUCGAGAUCCCCUUCCCAUUUGGAAUCGGAAAAGGUUGCUAUCUCAACAAAUGGUACGCAUUAAAAUGCGUUAAUAAUAGUUCCACCUUCCUUUCUAUCGCUAACAAGGAAGUUUUGUAUAUCUCCCUACCGAGUGAAUACCACACUCAAGGUGUUGAUUCGUACGGGUCAGUUUAUAUCAAGAAUUCUAUAACUUCAAAAGGUUGUUCCAGCGACAACGAGAAGGAAAACGACAUAGCUGCAUCAGUUUUAGAUUUGACGGGCAGCCCUUUUUACGUUAGCUACAAGAAUAGCCUUAUUGCUGUUGGUUGCAACAUGAGGGCAUCUUUAGAAACUGCUGAGACAAGCACGGUGGGAUGCACCUCUACUUGCGGCACAACACAACAGCCCUCGCAUAAUACGUCCACUCAAAACUAUCUCGCAUACGUUAGUUGUAAAGUCAAGAAAUGGAAGAUGCACUCCACUCACUGUGCUGCAGAAAGCACUGGGAACCAAACAGUCUGCGAUAGUUCUGGAUGCUGCCAGGCAAGUAUGCCGGACGAGCUUCAACAGCUUGUUGGCGAUAUGCUACGGUUGAGUUAG